UGACAAAUUAACAAGACCCCAUUAUAAAUAUACAUAAAAGCUACUUUGUAAACAUAUCCAUGAACUUGUAUGCGUUUUUUUUUUUUUGGGACCAAAUAUUAAACUCUUAUGCGUUAGCCUCUCAAUUUUUAUGUUUGAGAAGGAGGGAGAGAGACUAUGAUGCUCCAGCAAGAGUACCCUUAUGGCUUUUCACUCAAUGAAACAUCCUUAAGCUACGAGAUCUUUGAUUACUUCAAAAACUUCGUCGUUUCAGGCUCGCACGACGUGACGUCACAGCAAACCCACUUUCCGUCCUCUUCUGCUUGUGCAGCGGCGCUACUCUCUACCCCCAUAGCAGAAAAGCAAUCUCAUUCGACGGAAAACUUAAUAUCUCAGCGAGCACGAUGUGCUUCCGAUGAAGAACCGCCGCGUAAGAAGAGGAGGAGAACGAGAAAUAAAAAGAAGAUGGAAGAGAAAGAGAACCAAAGGAUGAAUCACAUUGCCGUCGAGCGUAACCGGAGAAGACAGAUGAAUCAUUUUCUCUCUAUCCUCAAAUCUAUGAUGCCUCUCUCUUAUUCGCAACGUAGUGACCAAGCAUCAAUCAUAGAAGGGACUAUUAACUAUCUAAAGAAGCAAGAACAACGCCUCCAAUCAGUCGAAGUCCAAUUAAAAACCACAAAACCCAAUCAAUCACCAAACAUAUUCUCCGACUUCUUCAUCUUCCCUCAAUACUCCACCGCCACCGCCUCAAGCCACCACCACCAGGAGCAACUAGCGGUGGUUGCUGACGUGGAGGUUACGAUGGUGGAAAGACAUGCCAACAUUAAAGUGUUAACAAAGACACGGCCAAAAUUGCUCUUCAAGAUUAUCAAUGAGUUUUACUCCUUAGGUUUAAGUACACUUCAUCUCAACCUCACAACUUCCAAAGACAUGUCUCUCUUCACUUUUAGCGUUAAGGUAGAGGAAGAGUGUCAAUUAACGACUACAGCUAAUGAGGUCGCAAAUGCGGUGCAUGGCGUUGUUAGAAGAAUUCAAAAGGAAAAUUGAACUUUGUUUACUAUAGUAUCAACUAACUUAGAAAUUCUAUUUUCUAUAAAGUUGCAAUAUGUAUUCCAAAAAAAAAAAAAAAUUAUAUGUCAACAAGUUUAUAUAGGCUUCACACUAAAUCCAG